GUUUGGACCACAACUUUCUUUAGAAUAAAUUCUUUUGGGUUCCACAAAAGAAAUAUGAAAGUCAUAUAGGUUUAUAAUGGCAGGGUGAGUUAAAUGGCAACAAUUUCUACAUUUGAGUGAUUUCAAGUGUGAUUUCUGAAUCAACACCACAACAGUUAUGUACGAUGUCAAAUCUGUACAUGAUCCUGAAGGCUAAUGAUUCAAGUGGGCCUGUGUUUGCCAGACCCUUGUUGUCUGGAUUAGUGUGUCACUGUACCGGAGAGAGAAGGUCACCCAGGCUGAGACGAGGACUAAAAACUCCAGGAUAAUCCCAGCACACAUCCUCACCCAUACACACUGUCCUAAAUAUAGAGCUACCGGCCGCUCAUUUUCAACUCAUAACACUGCCAGAGACAUGACACACUGUUACAUAUAUCAUGCUUAAUAUCCACAUAUAUGAUUCUUAUCCACUUCAUAACAGCUGAAAUAAUUGUGAAGAUUUAGUAUGUGACGUUUGCUGAAUUGCACCCCCAUUUUACACUAGGCUGUGGUCAAUGUAUGCAAAAAAAUGCAGGACUGGACCUGUGCCACUUUUCCUGUGCAUUCCUCCAAACACCCGCUUCAUUCGCAUCCCUCUGUUUCUGGGUCAAAGCAUAAUGACCAGAUUACAUACGACUCUUUAUAGUCAGACUAGUGAACAGUUGUGUAGGUGUCACUUAACCAAAAAGUUGGGAUCCAAAGGUAUGUCUACUUUGAGAGAGCAGUCACAAAAUCGCAAGUAAUUACAUUAUUUUGCCCUAAAGCGAUUAGCAAUCCUAUUGUGCGUGUGACUGUGCUCUGGAGCUGGUGCACUGGAGCGAGGGGGAAGGGAGGGACAGAUGGGCCAACACAUGGAAGCUGCCCCCUCCUCCUGCUGCUCUUGUUGCCUAAUCUCACUGGGUGGAGGGCAACUGGGCAUCCAUCCUUGCUCACACACUCUCCUGGCACCAUUCGAUGCCACCAGGCUGCUCGUAUAGGAUAUGGGAAGACUGUUCGGAUGUUCCCACGAGAGUGACAUGAGGGUGCGCAUUUGGGGAUCUGUGGAACUACACCUGCAGGAGAAACUAGCUGAGGACUCUUUCAUGUAAAGCUAAGGAGCUCCUACAGAUAAUACAGUGUCCUGACCCUGACUGGCUAUAGCAUAUACUUUUUUAUUUAUUAUAUUUUUUUCUGGAGGUCUUGUUUUAAUGACUAAUCGUCCUUGAGAAAUAAGAAGCCAUGUCGACUUCUCAAGCUUUACACCACAGCGGUGUCUACAACUAUUUCCUGAACAUGGUGGCUUAUCAGAUAUGCUGCUGCUGUGGCCCGGCACCAUGUUCCCUGUGCUGCUCCUUCUGUCCGCCCGUCAAAUCAUCAAGCACCACGCGGGUCAUGUACACGUUAUUCCACAUCCUGGCCUGCACUGUCUCAUGCCUCAUGCUGUCUAAGACUGUGUCAGAGGCAGUGAGGGAGAAUGUGCCUUUCUUUAACGUGGUGUGUGAUGAGGCUCAUGGUGGAAGAGACUGUCAGAUGCUGGUGGGAUACUCUGCCGUCUACAGGGUGUGUUUUGGCACAGCUUGUUUCUACUUGAUGAUGGCCAUCUUCCUCAUUGAUGUGAAGUCUAGUCAGGAUUUCCGAGCCCUCAUUCAUAACGGGUUCUGGUUUGUGAAGUUCAUCACCAUGCUUGGAAUGAUUGCUGCUGCCUUCUUUAUUCCCACAGAAUCCUUUUUGCAUGCCUGGCAUUAUGUUGGAGUAGUAGGAGGCUUUGCUUUUAUCCUCAUUCAACUCAUUCUCAUCACUGCUUUCGCUCAUACAUGGAAUAAAAACUGGUUAACCGGUGCAGCUGAGAAUAAGAGGUGGUACGUGGCAGUCAUGUGUGCUACCCUCUUUUUCUACACCGUUGCCACCAUGGCCUUCACCUUUAUGUACAAAUACUACACUCACCCAGCGGGAUGCCACCUGAAUAAAGCCCUGCUAUGGACUAACCUGGCCCUCUGCACCAUCAUGUCCUUUAUUGCGGUCACUCCCUGUGUGCAGCAAAAGCAGCCCCGCUCAGGACUCCUGCAGGCUUCCAUCAUUUGCUGCUAUGUCAUGUACCUGACCUUCUCUGCUCUGUCCAGCCGCCCACCAGAGAAGGUGGAGUAUCAGGGGGUCAACAUGACGGUGUGCUACCCCAAAGUCAGCAGGGAUGAGAUUCAAAAUGAAGGCAAUGCAGUGGCCAUUAUUGGGGCUGCAAUCAUGUACUGCUGUGUUCUCUUCGCAUGCAAUGAGGCUUCAUACUUAGCUGAGGUCUUUGGACCUUUCUGGAUGAUAAAAGUUUACCGCUAUGAGUUCCAGAAAGCCUCCUGUUGCUUCUGCUGCCCAGAGGCUGAAGAUGAGGAAGAGUUCGUCAUUGACGAGAACAAAGGCUGUCAGAAAGUCAUCCACAAUGAGACCCAGCGCGUCGCCUACAGCUACUUUUUCUUCCAUUUUGUUUUCUUUCUGGCUUCCCUCUACGUAAUGAUGACCCUCACUAAUUGGUUUAGUUACGAGACUGCUGUGCUGGAGACCACCUUCACCCAUGGGAGUUACUCCACGUUCUGGGUCAAGCUGUCCUCCUGCUGGGCGUGCGUGCUUCUGUAUCUGUGGCUUCUCCUGGGUCCCCUGUGCCACUGCCAGUCUGAUCACAAACGACCUCGCCGCGCCCGCAUCAAGAGACGGGCCGCCUCCCACCGCCACGUUAGCGUCAGCGUGUGAAUUACAGACUGUGGGGAUGGGUGCCAGUUACUGGGGAUUUCCACCGCUAAAAGAAAUGGGUCACGGCGGAUCUCUUCAGUUAAAUUAACAUUGAUCCUCCUGAUAAUCCUGUAAGGAUUAAAAUCACCAGCACUAUGAAUGCAAUUCAACAUGGGAACAGAAAAUGUACAAGACUGUACAAGCAUACCUUUAGGGGAUGUGCUGCAACUGCCAAAAGGAAUAUGACUAACAUUUUCUGCACAAGCUGGAUGUCUGUAUGUUUUUUUUCUUGUUUUUCUUAAAUGUAGAAGAAUUUUUUAUUGGUUUACAGCGUAGACAUAUGGAAACUACCUGAAAUAGGCUUUUUCCGAAAUAGGCUUUAAUUUAAGAUUUUGUUAAAUUUACGCAUAUUAAGAUGGAUAAAUUAUGUGAGCAUUGCUUUAUUUCAGUGAUCUGUGGCUUAUGUGUAUGUAUAUAUAUAUAU